AUGGGCUCUGCUGGAUUUCAAUUAAGGAAAUGGUCAUCUAAUUCUCCGGAGCUUCUCGCCCACAUUCCGGAAUCUUUGCGAGAUGAACGCAACGUUCUUGGACUGGAUCCUGGCGCCUCGAUUAAAACCCUAGGGCUAAGGUGGGAACCAGCAUCAGAUGUUUUUGGUUUUCACGUUCCCAAAUGGAAGGACUACUCCCAUAUCACCAAAAGGAUUGUCGCUUCCGAUACUGCCAGUCUAUUUGACCCGCCAGGGUUUCUCGGACCCGUAAUAGUAGUCGCUAAAAUGUUUGUCCAGGAUUUAUGGCGCAGCAACCGUUCCUGGGAUGAACCUCUAGAGAAUGAAAUCCAGCAAGGUUGGCUGCAGUUUCGUUCUCAACUCGUCAUAGUCGAGACAAUUACCGUUCCACGUUGGGUUAUUCCGAUUGUAGAUCCGACCCACAUCGAACUCCAUGGGUUUUGUGAUGCCUCUGAACGAGCCUACGGGGCAUGCAUCUAUUUACGUGUCGUGUCUACCAGUGGGGAUACGUCUGUGAAACUUCUAACUUCAAAAUCGAAACUAGCACCACUGGGAAAUACUCGCAAACAGAAAAAGAUCUGUCUAGCUCGGCUGGAGCUAUCAUCUGCAUUAUUAUUAUCCCACUUGUACCAGAAGGUCCAGAAAGCAUUGAACCUCUCCAUGAAGUGCUUUUUCUGGACUGAUUCCACGAUUGUGCUCCACUGGAUAUCGGCAGCUCCGUCCCGAUGGAAAACUUUUGUUGCCAACCGGGUUUCGGAAAUCCAACAUCUGACUGCUGAUGGAUUGUGGGCUCACGUUCCAGGAAGUGAGAACCCGGCGGAUAUAAUCUCCAGAGGAAUGCUACCAGCGGAACUCAAAUGCUGCACCGUAUGGUGGAAUGGGCCACCUUGGCUCAGUCAACCGAACCGAUUUUGGCCGCCUCUGGUUCGCCUUACAUCUGGAGACUUUCCUACUGACGAACUCGAAGAGCGUUCGAUAACACUUGUCAUUCAGACUAGGGAACCAAAUCCUAUCUUUGAUUUACGAUCCUCUUACGUCAAACUGGUAUCUCUAGUGGCACAUCUUUUGAGAUUUGUCCACAAUUGCAAGCAACGGAUGCAGCAGGAACGAAAAACGGGUUUUCUCCGUAUCAUUGAAUUUAACGAAGCACGGAACGUGCUCGUUCGUAUCGCCCAACAGGAAACUUUAGCCGACGAUAUCCACGCCAUAGCAACUAACGGGGAAGUUAACCGCAACUCAAAAUUGAAGACUCUGACACCCAUUUUGGAAAAUGGAACACUCAAAGUGGGUGGCCGCCUUCAUAACGCCCCGAUUUCAGAAAACCGGAAACAUCCCAUGAUUCUUCCCGCAAAUCAUCGAUUCACGGAAAUGGUAGUCACACACUAUCACCUGAAGCUCCUGCACGCUGGGCCACAGCUUAUGAUCGCAAGCCUUCGCGAACAGUUUUGGCCACUGAGAGUGCGCAAUCUGGCGCGGAAAGUGGUGUAA